AUAAUUACAUCGUAUGCGACUACUCCUUAGUCUAUACUGAACGAUGCAAUAGCGUGCGCUGACCGCAGACAGCCACAUACAUGACCCUCUCCUCCUCUCCCUCAUUCUGCCACCUCACCCGUCUUCCAUGCGCGGAUGGUCCGAAACCGGAUGGAUAUUCGGCAUGAUUACUCACGCACACUCAUUACGACAACGGUGGUGCGUCCGCCGGGCUCUAUUGCGAACAGGCAAGCUCUCGGCGCUCUUGCCCCAAAUUCCACUCACAUCUUCCACCCAUCCUCGUACGUUCUCGCGCCCGGAAAUCUUCCGAGGCGUGCACCCUGAUACUCGAAGCUUAUUCCUGACGUUGUGCGGUGACAGCGGGCGCGAUACUGCGGGAGAGAACGUGGAUGUGGAAGCGGAGCUUUCGGCGGUAAAGUUUCCGAGGCUUGGCGGAGGCGGGUCGGGCGAGGACGACGCAGCGUCGAGCGCGUCUUUGGCGCGCCCUUUCUGCAGCAGCUGAAGGCCUUCCCAAAGGAGAAACGACCUGAUCGCGUUCGACUCAACCACCACCUCGAAUUUCCUGGCGCUUUUUUUCGGUCUCCUCGGCUUUGUGACGCGUCAUGAGUCACUUUUUACGUCGAGGGAGACGCCCUUUGCGCUGGCAAACGCGCCCGGC